CAGGAGGGGAGGGAGUGUUCAGUACGUCUACAACGGGGAAGCUGCCAUUAGCUACAGGCUAGCAGAAGCUAAACUAGCUCGUUAGUGUUGUCGUCCGAAUCCCAGCGCAUAAAAGCUACCUUUGGCAAGUGUGCAUGCUUCAUGGGGCACUGAUGUAAAGAGCAGUGGAAGAAGGUGUGUGCAGUAUCAGAAUGGAUGGACAGACUCAAAGGAUUCAGCUUGUGUCAGCAGACAACAACAUGGCUUUAGGACACAGAAUCCAGAUUGUAACGGAUCAGCAGACUGGCCAGAAGAUCCAGAUUGUCACAGCACUUGAGCCAUCUUCCCCUGGAAAGCAGCAGUUUAUUCUAGCAAAUGCUGACUAUUCCCCUGGUGGGAAGGUGAUCCUGGCCAAGCAGGAGGGCUCACCCAACAAGGUCAUCCUUGCCACUCCAGACGGCUCUGGAGUUAACCAGCUGUUAUUUGCCUCCCCUGAACUUGCUGGGCAGCAGAUUCAGUUUGUGACUGAAGGCUCAGACCAGUCUAUUGUGAAGCCAGUUGUGGAGUACUGCGUUGUCUGUGGGGAUAAAGCCUCAGGGCGUCAUUACGGAGCUGUCAGCUGUGAAGGCUGCAAGGGCUUCUUCAAACGCAGCAUUAGGAAGAACCUGGUGUACACAUGCAGGGGCUCCGGAGAGUGUGCCAUCAACAAGCUUCACCGAAACCGAUGCCAGUACUGUCGACUGCAGCGCUGCAUAGCUCUGGGCAUGAAACAAGAUUCUGUGCAGUGUGAGAGGAAGCCUGUGGAAGUGACCACAAGAGAGAAAUCUGUCAACUGUGCUGCCUCCACUGAGAAGAUCUACAUCCGCAAGAACCUGUGUAGCCCUCUGGCUGCCACACCCACUUUUGUAUCUGACAAGGAAACCGCUAGGUCUACAAGUUUGCUCGAGUCGAGCAUGUUGCUCAACAUCCAACAACCCUUCUCCAAACUGGAAAACACCAUCUUGAUCCCAGCAUCCCCUGACAAGGAUGACCAUUCUCAAGGUGACCUUGGUACACUGGCAAACGUAGUGACUUCCCUCGCCCACCUCAACAAGACCAGGGAGGCAAGUGACGGCGGCAAUGAUCUGAUGGGAGUUGAAACGCUUAGCAAUGGCGACAGCUCGAUGACAGACAUCCAAGGAGAUGAGCAAACUGCAAGUGAUAUCACUCGCGCCUUUGACACCCUGGCGAAAGUGCUGCACCCUGGUGAUGGUUCAGCAGCGGACUCCUUGGAGGCCACAAUGCAGCUGAUGUCAGGAGACCAGUCAGGUCCUGUGGUGGAGUUGGAGGGACCUCUACUCUCUGACAGCCAUAUCCCUUUCAAGCUUAUGAUGCCUUUGCCUGUGCCAGAGUACCUCAAUGUCAACUACAUCUGUGAGUCAGCUUCCCGCUUACUUUUUCUCUCUAUGCACUGGGCACGCUCCAUACCUGCCUUUCAAACCCUUGGUGGUCAAGAUAAUGACAUUAACUUGAUGAAAGCCUGUUGGAAUGAACUGUUUGCCCUGGGUCUGGCACAGUGUUCCAAUGUUAUGAAUGUUGGUACCAUCUUAAGUGCUAUUAUCAACCAUCUGCAGACCAGCUUACAGGAAGACAAGCUGUCCCCAGAGCGAGUAAAACUAGUAAUGGAGCACAUCUGGAGGAUGCAGGAGUUCUGUAACAGCAUGUCCAAGCUGACCCCAGACUCCUAUGAAUAUGCCUACCUCAAAGCCAUCGUUCUCUUUAGUCCUGAUCACCCAGGCAUAGAUAACACCCCACAGAUCGAGAGGUUCCAGGAGAAGGCUUACAUGGAGCUGCAGGACUAUGUUACCAGGACCUACCCAGAAGACUCCUAUCGGUUAUCCAAGCUGUUGCUGCGUCUUCCCGCCCUCAGGCUGAUAAGUGCAGCUGUCACAGAGGAGCUGUUUUUCGCUGGGCUCAUUGGGAACGUGCAGAUUGACAGCAUCAUCCCUUACAUUCUCAAAAUGGAGUCCACUGAUUAUAACAGCCAGGCGGUCUCUGGUGUCUGACACACUGCUACCUGUAGUAGCAACAUUGGACUGUGAAAACUCAACAGCCAGCCAAUCAGAGUGCUUUGCAGACUGGUCACUGAGUGGUCAUAACAUACUGUAUUUAUGACAGCAUCCUGUAUGAAUUUUGUUUUCACUCUUACCUUGCUCCUACUUCUGACUCCUCAGUAACUAGUCAGUAGAGCACAAUUCACAAAGAGACACAUUAAAUCAACUCCAGUGGCAAGCAAGCCCUACAAUAACUGCCCAUUGAGGAAUGAACCCUUGAAACCUGCAUAGUAGAUUGUGCUUUUUAUUGUACAUAGUAUUUUAUGCUUCAUUGCCUUCAAGCCUUUCCUUUUCUGCAGAUCUUGUUUGUACUUUGAAGGAAUCUGGUUUGUUUUUCACUGCUUUCCUAUACAUUGCCAUGCUUUUUUAUUUUCUAUUGAUUAUGAGGAAAAAACUUGUCAUAAUGUGAAUUGGUUUGUGAGAUGUUGUUAUUGCUAAAGGUUAUAACCUUUAUUUCUUAUUUUCUUGCCAAUCCAAAGGAUAGGGCAGCAUCACAUGUCAACUAUUUGACAUCAUGUGGAUCUGAAGUCAUUGUGUAUAUUUGUAUAUAGAAUGCACCAAGAAUGGGCAGCACUUGGUAAUUCAUAGAUUCAAUCUUUUGGACAAAUUAAUGUGGACAGAAAAUGAUUGUCAAGACAUUUGACAAUAAAAACAUCUUUCAAUCAUGUUCCCUGUUAUUUACACAGUUGAGCUUUCAUUUUGAUUGACAGUAUCAGUUUGAAUUGGUGGAGCUGAUUGCCAGCAUUGAAUGUAAUUUUUAUGUAGUGCUGAUGAGACUCAGGUUAAGGAGCCGACAAGGUUUUCUUUCUGUUUUUGUGUUAGGAUUUUGAACAGCAGCUGUGGGCUACAAAGCAGGCAGCCUAAAAUAUGAUGGGUUGGACCCAUGCUCAGUCAUGUUAGGAAAAAUUGGGAAGUCAACAGUCUGCAUUAUAAUAGGCUUUUUGUGUGGAUGAAGAGAGCAAGUAUUAUCUGUAGCUCUGCCUGUUUUUGUUCUGAGUAUAUUUAGCUAGAACUUUUAAUUAAAAAGCACCGGGGAGGGUUAUGUGUGUCAUUGCUACAAAAAACCCUUAAAAUACAAUAACAAUGAAAAAUUACAAAAGAAAAUAGUCUGUAUAAAUUCUGAGCCAUGUUAUCAGUUCAGACUGACAAAUGGAGCCUUCACAGUAGUAAUAGGGAUAAACAUUCUUUAGUUUAAAAACUGCACCAAACUAAUCAACUUUUGACCUUUGUCGUUCAGAUCUCCUGAAGAGUGAGUAGUGAUUCUGUAGUGUUUGUUGACUGGUCCCACUGAAACUGACCAAACCACAUCGGUUUGAUUGUGGGAUGAACACUGCAGUCUUGUAAACAUGUUGCCUUCUACAUCAUCAAGUGCAGUUAAUCCACAACUUGAGUGUGGAGGAGUUUAUUAACCCACAUUGGAGCUCUUCCCAGAAGCAGGUUGACUAAAUGAUCUGGAUAACUUUGCAGAGUGAAACCUGGAGCAUUUCUUUUGUACUUAUAUCAGUCUAUUUUACAGACUUAAUGAGGCUCUGAGUUUUAUUUUAAUUAUGAAGAAAACUCAGUAAUCACACUUCUUGGAGUUUGCCCCUGCUUCCAUAAACACAGCAGAUUGUUUACAUGUUCCCUUUGAAUUAAUAAUGCAAAAUCUACAUCCUA